AUGGACGGCGGGCAAGCAGGCAAACAGGCAAGCAAGCAAGCAAGCAAGCAAACUAGGCCGUUUGUUUGUGGGCGUCACCGGACGGACAGGCAUACAGACAGACAUGAGCGAGAAGUGGAGAUGAUGGUGCGUGUGAGUGUGUGCGCCGCAGGAGCAGGCACAGGCGCAGGCGCAGAAGCAGCAGCAUCAGCAAGCAAGCAAGCAGAGGGCUCGGGCUCGAGGCGACUCCAACAACCCCUGAAGGGAGGGCCAGGGCUGGGCUGGGGAAAGCAGCAGCUGGCGGUGGUGCGCGGUGGUUCGGGUUGGGCGGAAUCCACGACAUUGGACGAAGCUAGAAGGAAGCGAGUAAGGCGGACCAGGGGAGAGUUACAAGAGCGUUGGACGUGGCUCGUAAGAGGAACAGGAUCACCAGUGCAGCCCGACUCCCCGGGACCCAAAGGCUCGGCGCUAGAGGGACCGCAUGCUUUUCCCACCGCGGACUUUUGCAGACAUAGCACAGGCGGAGGCAUAGCCGAGGGCACAGGCACAGGCGACCAUGCAAGGGCCCCCUGCGAAGAUGGGAACGACAUGCCGGCGCCGCACCUGGCCGUUCACAUGCCCCCCGGCCGACAAAUGGGACACGGUGCCGGCUGCUGCCCACACCCUGCCAUCCCAUCCCAUCCCAUCCCAUCCCAUCCAGCUCCAGCCCGCGACAAACACCACGCCCAGCCCGCCUCAGGGGCACCAGCGCCAGCCAGAGAGCCCGGCCAGACUGGCGACGGCGGCGGCGGCGGCGGCGGGCGGCGAGUCAGCAGAGGCGCCGAAGAAUUUCUCGAAGCUCAGCUCAGACCACACUGCGCAUCCGGGCGGGCACGGGCGUUGGCAAUGGGCAAUGGGCAAUGGGUCAGGCUGCUGCUCGCACCCAUGGUGGGCUCCAGUGAUGAGAUCAUUGGCAUUGCAUGGCCUGUGGUGUACAUGUGUACACCACACAUCCCACCACCCGCUGACAUACUGUGCCAUCGCAUACGACGCAUCUUGUGCGCUGCUGCAACCGGCCCGCCACCAACCUCCAAAAAAAAGGGCGGUGUAUGGGCCUCCCGCCAGCGCCCGUCCGCCCUCGAGCCCUCGCUGCGACACUGCACGCCGGCCGGUCACGCGGCGACGCGCAUCAGACCUGCGUCGCUCAUUCAGUUGCGAUUCUAUGCACAUUGCUACAUACUACUCUACCUACAUGACGACGAUCCCGGUUGCCGUCAGCACUCCAACUGCAAACGCACGAGUCGCGCCGCUCGAUUGGCCGACGACGACGACGACGCAGCGCGUUUCGUACCCCUCAGAUCGCGGCCUGGCACCCUGCCUGCGCCGCCUUCAUUUGCUGCCCCAGCUACCCAUCGCACCCACAUCCCUGCUCCCUCAGCCUGUCCUUUGGCCAUGCCAUCUCCGACUUACUUUGUCCUGACUUACUCUAGAGCCCUAUUAGCUGGAUGUAUCUACAUGGUACAAUCCGUCAUUGCCCCUCCGCCGCCAUCAAACCAGCCCUGGCAUUUGCUCCCAGUUUUGCAAACCCCCACCGUCAGCUGACCCCCUCGCCCGCACCUCGUGUGCGUUGGACAACGCUUUGUACAUACAUACACGCUCACACGUAUCGUCCUCUAAACUGCGUCCGUACAUACGUACAUCAUAGAUGCCCAUUGCCAUGCCUUGACUUGCCUUGCCUUGCUUUGCCUUGCCUUGCCUUGCCUUUUGCCCAUGCUGCCACCUUGUCUGGU